ACCAUUCCCCUCUAGCCUAAUUUAAAAAUAAUCUUAUUUGUGUUCUGUUUAUAUUCUAUUCUCUAAAAUGUUAUACCCAAGCAAAGUAUCAGAAUUUAAAAUUUUGAUAUUAUUUUUACUCUAGGAAUUUUUUUUCAUUUAAAAAAUCUCCUUGCAAGUCUAGUUAAUUUAAAAAAUGAGAAGUUUAGUACUAUAUUAGCAUGGUUUACAUUUCUAAGAUAAUAGUAUCAUUCUAAGAUAAUAGUAUAUACAUUUCUUCAGUUAAUAAGAAUAUAGUGUAUUUUAUCAUUUUUAUAAGAGGUGUCUUCUUUGGACACAAUUUUUCUCUUAAGUUGUUAUAAAGUCUAUAAAACUAUUCACUGUAGGUCAACAUUUAAAAUUCAAAUUUAAUUAUAAAAAGGUCAUGGAAAUAUAUUCUUUGACAGUACAGUACAUAAAAAGAUAAUUUUCAACCAAAACAUUAGUAUAAUAAAUUAUUAAACACUUUUAAGAACAUUACUUAGACAUAAUGAUUUAUACUGUACUUUAGCCCUGUAAUUUUAGUUUGUUAGUUAUAAAUUCAGUUUACAAAUGCCCAUGUGAUCAGUCAAUAUCAGUAGGAGUGGUAAAAUCAGUAGCAAAAUCAGAUUUUACUUAUUAAAGAACCAAUAUAUAAAUCCCAUGCUAGUUUAUCUUUUCAGAAGUGAUUUGCACUCGUUUAAAUUGGCGUGGACACGUUUAGAGAGCCGAAGCAGCGUUUGAAUUCCUACUGGGAGUGAAAGUACAGUCACCAAUUAAAAACCUUAUUCACAUUCUCAAAAUCACUUGCAUUUCACACUUCUCUCCACGCAGCUGAGUUAGACGUAGGGCAUCUUUUGCAUCUCUUUGCCUCCAAUUGAAACCCCUUCAACUGUAGAAUGUGACGCAAACAUCCAAGCCGGAAAAACAUCUAAGGGGAGGGUUCUUUCUUUUUAGGGAUUCUCUAAGCGUGGAACACUGACCCUCAGCUCCUUCAUCCACCACUCUCCCAACUCGUGCCACUGGGCCAUCUCCCUCCCGCGCCCUCUGCCCUCUUUGACGAUAUCCUCUACCCUUUGUAAUACUGCCGCUUUCUCUUCUCUGUCCACUUUUCUCCGUGGCCAUACGUAUUUUUUCAAAACAUUCUGCUGAGUUUUGAGGAGGACCUAAGUUCCUUCCAGACGGAAAAUGAGGAUGGUAAUAACAGAGAAUAAAGUAUUAGAGAACUCCCCACGCUAGCAAUGUGGCUCCUCCGUGCACCCUCAUCUCAUUUUGUUUAGCUUGAGAGCAUUCCUCUUUCCCUUAGGUUCACCGCCGGAGGAGCUGUCUCCACCUGCAAACAGUGGAGGCAUUUUUGUUGUCAACUAACCCCCUCUAGCGCCCAACUGACAGAAUCCGAGCCGCGGCUGCCAGCAGAGCGCUGGGCUUGGCGGAGCUCAGCAGCGCUCCGGACUCCCGCCCUGCCCUCUGUACCCGCCAGAGCCGCGGGGCGACAGUGUGAAGGCCACGGACGCCAAGCCCCGCUCCUUGUUAUUCCUGCGUGCUGCCCGCCCUGGCACGAGGGCCGCCUGGCUUCACCGAGUAACCAGUGCCACGGCUCCUGACCGACUCCUCCGAGCGCUGGGAGGGAGAGGGUGCUGCAUGAGGACGGCUCACGCGCGACAGCGGUCAGUCCGCCAGGAACUCGGUGCCCCCUUGAAUGUGGCCACGCGCUGCUCAGCCCCUGGGCUGCUCCCAGCGCGCGGUCCGACGCUGCCACGCCGCAGACGCUCCGGGCCCUCGGAAUCCCAGCCCCCACGGCGUCGACAAUGCUCGUGACCUCCACCGCGCAGUUCCCGCCGCGCGGCGACGCGAAGACCUCAGGGAAACCCGGUGCCAGGCACCCGACCACAUUCAGCCUGAAGUGACUCUCCUCCGCUGCUGGCUCAUUGCCUUUACUUCCCUAGGACUCGAAGCAGCGAAGGCGGCCACAGAGCUGAGGCUCUCGCAGUGGUGGGCAAGUUUGGACAGCCCUCGCUGAGGAGCCGUCCGGCUGGUCCCGCGACACCACAACGCUCGCCGGGGACUGGGAGAGCUUGGCAGCGGCACUCUCCCGCUCCAGCGGCGGGGAUGUGGAGAAAUAUGGGGGAGGCGGUGUCGGGAGCUGACUAGCCUAAAUCGCUGGGCGCUGGUGCUGCCAAAUGGGGAGCAAAGUGCUUGGGGGACUAAGCGGGGCCUCAGAAAUGCCCAGAAAGCGGCGGCCAAGGCCGAGGCGCAGCGCAGCUGCAGCCGAGUUGGAAAUCUCAGCUGUGCGAGCAUCUGCCGUCGCCACACCAGCGAGGGGCUGAGGACGCAGUUCUAUAGGUGGCUCGGACCACUCGCGGCCCCACGUGAUUAGCUUGGCUCUCCCUGCACAGGCCGGUGGAAAGUUCCCGCGGCCCCAGCCUCGUCUCACAGCUGCUGCGCCUCCCCAGCUUUUGGCUCAGCAAGUGCCCACUUCAGUCUGGAGAGGCGCUCGGGCCGCCGCACCUGGUCGUCCUCUUCCCACCAGCGCCGCGUGGCGCCCUCCCCCGCCCCUCGCUCCCCUCCCCCAAACCACAGCCCUAGCUCCUUCCUGCGCGCGCGCUCUCCCAGGCCCAAGUGAAUAGUCCUCGCGCGAGCGGGACACGGUGGUGGAUGCAAUUCCGUUCGCCUACAGCCGCCAGGAGUUCCCUGGCGCCGCAGGCAGCGUCCUCCUCCGAAGCAGCGGAGCCUGCACCUGGGCAGCCUGGACCUUCCUGCCCUGCCCUCGGGGCCUCGCGCGGGGGGCGCCUCGGGACACCCCCUGCGGGCCGGGUGGAGGAGGAAGAGGAGGAGGAAGAAGACGUGGACCAGGUUCCCUACCCUACACAUAACACCUGGCUGCGCUGCUUCCACUUAUCUUUUAGGGGGAGAAGAGGAGAGCCGGGGAGAGCCAUGGGGGGCUGCGAAGUCCGGGAAUUUCUUUUGCAAUUAGGUUUCUUCUUGCCUCUGCUGACAGUUUGGCAGGGAGACUGCAGUCACGUCUCCAACAACCAAGUUGUGUUGCUUGAUACAACAACUGUGCUGGGAGAGCUAGGAUGGAAAACAUAUCCAUUAAAUGGGUGGGAUGCCAUUACUGAAAUGGAUGAACAUAAUAGGCCCAUUCACACAUACCAGGUUUGCAAUGUAAUGGAACCUAACCAAAACAAUUGGCUUCGUACAAACUGGAUCUCCCGAGAUGCAGCUCAGAAAAUUUAUGUGGAAAUGAAGUUCACACUGAGGGAUUGUAACAGCAUUCCUUGGGUCUCAGGGACUUGCAAAGAAACCUUUAAUCUGUAUUAUGUGGAAUCAGAUGAGUCCCAUGGAAUUAAAUUCAAGCCAAGCCAAUAUACAAAGAUCGAUACAAUUGCUGCAGAUGAAAGUUUUACCCAGAUGGAUUUGGGUGAUCGUAUCCUCAAACUCAACACUGAAAUUCGUGAGGUGGGGCCUAUAGAAAGGAAAGGAUUUUAUCUGGCUUUUCAAGACAUUGGGGCAUGCAUUGCCCUGGUCUCCGUCCGUGUUUUCUACAAAAAGUGCCCCUUCACUGUUCGCAACUUGGCCGUGUUCCCUGACACCAUCCCAAGGGUGGACUCUUCCUCUUUGGUGGAAGUCAGGGGUGCUUGUGUGAAGAGUGCAGAAGAGCGUGACACUCCGAAACUGUAUUGUGGAGCAGACGGGGAUUGGCUGGUUCCUCUUGGAAGGUGCAUCUGCAGCACCGGAUAUGAAGAAAUUGAGGGUUCCUGCCAUGCUUGCAGACCAGGAUUCUAUAAAGCAUUUGCUGGGAACACAAAAUGUUCUAAAUGCCCUCCGCACAGUUUAACCUACAUGGAAGCAACUUCUGUCUGUCAGUGUGAAAAGGGUUACUUCCGAGCUGAAAAAGACCCACCUUCUAUGGCAUGUACCAGGCCACCGUCAGCUCCUAGGAAUGUGGUUUUUAACAUCAAUGAAACAGCCCUUAUUUUGGAAUGGAGCCCACCAAGUGACACAGGAGGGAGAAAAGACCUCACAUACAGUGUAAUCUGUAAGAAGUGUGGCUCAGACACCAGCCAGUGCGAGGACUGUGGUGGAGGACUCCGCUUCAUCCCAAGACACACCGGCCUGAUCAACAGCUCCGUGAUAGUUCUGGACUUUGUGUCUCAUGUGAAUUACACCUUUGAAAUAGAAGCCAUGAAUGGAGUUUCUGAGUUGAGUUUUUCUCCCAAGCCAUUCACAGCUAUUACAGUGACCACAGAUCAAGACGCACCUUCCCUGAUAGGUAUGGUGAGGAAGGACUGGGCAUCCCAAAAUAGCAUUGCUCUAUCAUGGCAAGCACCUGCUUUUUCCAGUGGAGCCAUACUAGACUACGAGAUCAAGUACUACGAGAAAGUCUACCCACGGAUAGCGCCGGCAUUUUGGCACUACCUGCGGGUAGAAGAACAUGAGCAGCUCACCUAUUCCUCCACAAGGUCCAAGGCCCCCAGUGUCAUCAUCACAGGUCUCAAGCCAGCCACCAAGUACAUAUUUCAUAUCCGAGUGAGGACUACAACAGGAUACAGUGGCUACAGUCAGAAGUUUGAAUUUGAAACAGGAGAUGAAACUUCUGACAUGGCAGCGGAGCAGGGGCAGAUUCUCGUGAUAGCCACCGCAGCUGUUGGGGGAUUCACUCUCCUCGUCAUUCUUACUUUGUUCUUCUUAAUCACUGGGAGGUGCCAGUGGUACAUAAAGGCAAAAAUGAAGUCAGAAGAGAAGAGACGAAACCAUUUACAGAAUGGGCAUUUACGCUUCCCAGGAAUUAAAACCUACAUAGAUCCAGAUACCUAUGAGGACCCAUCCCUAGCAGUUCAUGAAUUUGCAAAGGAGAUUGAUCCCUCAAGGAUUCGCAUUGAGAGAGUCAUUGGGGCAGGAGAAUUUGGAGAAGUCUGCAGUGGGCGUUUGAAGACACCAGGGAAAAGGGAGAUCCCAGUUGCCAUCAAAACUUUGAAAGGUGGCCACAUGGAUCGGCAAAGAAGAGAUUUUCUAAGAGAAGCGAGUAUCAUGGGUCAGUUUGACCACCCAAAUAUUAUUCGACUAGAAGGUGUUGUCACAAAAAGAUCCUUCCCGGCCAUUGGGGUGGAGACAUUUUGCCCCAGCUUCCUGAGGGCAGGGUUUUUAAAUAGCAUCCAGGCUCCGAAUCCAGUGCCAGGGGAAGGAUCACUGCCCCCCAGGAUUCCUGCUGGCCGACCGGUGAUGAUCGUGGUGGAAUACAUGGAGAAUGGAUCCCUGGACUCCUUUUUGCGGAAACACGACGGCCACUUUACAGUCAUCCAGCUGGUUGGUAUGCUUCGAGGCAUUGCAUCAGGAAUGAAGUAUCUUUCCGAUAUGGGUUAUGUUCAUCGGGAUCUAGCAGCUAGGAAUAUAUUGGUCAACAGCAACUUAGUAUGCAAAGUUUCUGAUUUUGGUCUGUCCCGGGUGCUGGAAGAUGAUCCAGAAGCUGCUUAUACAACAACUGGUGGGAAAAUACCCAUAAGGUGGACAGCCCCAGAAGCUAUUGCCUACAGAAAAUUCUCCUCAGCAAGCGAUGCCUGGAGCUACGGCAUUGUCAUGUGGGAGGUCAUGUCCUAUGGAGAGAGACCGUACUGGGAAAUGUCUAACCAAGAUGUCAUUCUGUCCAUUGAAGAAGGUUACAGACUUCCGGCUCCCAUGGGCUGUCCAGCGUCUCUACAUCAGCUGAUGCUCCAUUGCUGGCAGAAAGAGAGAAAUCACAGACCAAAAUUUACUGACAUCGUCAGCUUCCUUGACAAACUGAUCCGCAAUCCCAGUGCCCUUCACACUCUGGUGGAGGACAUCCUUGUGGUCAACGGACCCCACAGCCAGUGCCCAUCAGCAGAGCUCCCUAACUGUUCUAUGGCUGUGCAAGCAGGCAGAAUUCCAGAAUCCCCUGGUGAAGUUCCUGAAUAUCCUUUGUUUGUCACAGUGGGUGACUGGCUGGAUUCUAUAAAGAUGGGGCAAUAUAAGAAUAACUUCAUGGCAGCAGGCUUUACGACUUUUGACCUGAUUUCAAGAAUGAGCAUCGAUGACAUUAGAAGAAUUGGAGUCAUACUCAUUGGACACCAGAGACGGAUAGUCAGCAGUAUACAGACGUUACGUUUACAUAUGAUGCACAUACAGGAGAAAGGAUUUCAUGUAUGAAAGUACUACAAGUUCCAGUGUCUUGUGCCUCAGCAUUUCUGUAAUGAAAGAUAUCAUCUCUACUACCCGCUCAUCUGAUUCUCCAAACAUCACUUCACAAACUGCAGUUUCCUAUUCAGACUACGGGGCACACACCUUUUGUUUAUGCUUCCAACCUGGAUUUUAAGAUCAUGCUUCAUAGCUCCUCUCUGAAUAACCUGCAAAUAAAACCCUGGCCCACUGCAGAUUAUCGCUACACAAUGGUAAAUAACUCAGCAUGGAUGUGUAACUUUGUACAACAGUAUUUGGGAAGUGUUCAGGGACUUAACACAAAGGCAUUUGCCCAGGUGUGUCUUCCUUGGUGAUGUAUUUAGAGUUUAAUGGUAGAUGAAAAAGAAAUAACUGACAUUUUCAUACUUUGUGAUCAAGUAGCUUCCAAAGUAACAUAUAUAUUUAUUUGUCAGAUAAUUAUAUUUAAUUCUAUGGGUCUUAUUGUUACCUUGUUUUAUAAUGGCUUAACUGCUGAUGUCUGAUGUUGUUAGAUUUGCAGAGAUGAGCAAUGACUUUAUAUAGUGAAUUCCUGUCAGGUGUGACUGGUGAGAAGGGGGUUAUCGGGGAGGGAAAGGGAGAAACAUUCUGUGCUUUCAAAUCUUCUAAGGCUGCGUUUGUCAAUUUUUUAAAAAUAAACUUUAUAGUGUCCUACAUAUUGCAUAGUAGGUGGUAGUUUAGAGGCUUUUCCCCUCUAAUUUUUUACUAACUAUAGUGCAUUUCUCUACUACCUUGUAAAGAGCACCCCUAGAGAGACCAUGAGUGAGUUCAUUGCUCUAAAGUCUGCCAUGGAGUGAAGUCUAGAAUAAGACCAUCGCUAUUCCCCUGGUUCUUCUUCACAAGUUUUCAAAAGUAAUCAUCAAAGCACUGAUAAAAUUAGCUAUUCUCAGUAGAAUUGCUUGGAAUAAAAGAUCUGAAAUUAUAGCUUUGGAUUUAAUGGAAAAAGAUUAGUUAAUUUAAUUUGAACAGAAUUUUAUAAUCAUUGUAUGGUGACCCUAGAACAUAAACACAUCUAGCUGGCUGUUUGAUACUAAUGUAUUUUGCAAGCUUAAGAAUUUUCGUUGUGUUCAUAAAAAUAAGUUACAUGAACAUGCUGAGCUGUUUUCCAAACCUUCCCAGAGACAGGUAUGCCAUUGCAUACUCCAAAGAGGACAUAGACAGAUCUAACACAUGAGCAUAUACAAAUUUUGUGUUAACCUGGGUUCAUAAUACAGUAACAUAAAAACGUGAACACAGCUAAGGUGUGCUAUGGUCAUAACCUCCUCAAGGCUGUCAAAAAAAGCAAAUAUAUUUUUUUAGUGAAUUGAACUGAGUCAGCUUAUCAAAAUACUGCUGUAUUUUGAAUAAAUUAUAAAAUCAGCUGUUCCUUAUGAAGUUCAGAAAACAACUGCUGUACUGAGUGCAAGAGGAGGGAGAAAGCAUCAAAGGAAAAAACCAAAUGGCCAGGCUGUCUAAAGACGCUGACUUAAUAAAUCAGUUUUCAUUUGACCUCAUAGACAAAGGUGCCUACCCACAUUCUCGAAUCCCCACCUGAAUCACAUUUUUUGGUGAAAGUAGCUUUCUUGCUGUUAAAGGAAACUCAUUUUGUAACCAUAUUUUCAGAUUUGUUGAUUGUGCCACUAGACCAUGCCUUUCCACAUAUUUAUUGAUUUAUCUCCUGAUUUUUGCCUACCACAACUUAAUUUUUCUCAUUUCAAAAAAAAUGUGUAGAGCUAAAAAAAAAGUCUUUAAAGUAUUCCUUGAAGCAUACUUAAAACAAGUGGGAAGUCCAUCACUUUUUAAGUGGGUCAGAAACAGCUAGUAGCAUUUCCCGGCCAUCACUUGCAUGGUCAUGUGUCACUCAUGGACUGUCUGCGGUUUGCUUGAUGCAUCUCCACAAAUCUGAACACAUUUAGAGGAAAUACAAAAUGUCCACAUUUACCUGUCUUCAAAUAUAUAUUAAAUAAUAACAUAAAUAAGAAAUGUAAAACAGAUUAAAUUUAUUAACCAUAUAUAUUUAUUUUUAUAAUACAAUAAAAAGGUAUUUAGAAAGAUAAGGAAUAGAAUAAUUAUGGUCUUCCAUAGGAUUCUGUAAGCAACAUCUGUAUACUUUGAUGAAAUAUUUAAAUUUCUAUGGAAUGAACAUUUAGCGUCUGCCAUAUUAAAGUUCCCUGUUAUAAAUUUUUUUCUUAAAAAAGUCCAAUUCUAUCCUAUAUCUGCUAAUUUAUACUUCUAUUUUUCUUCUCUAAUAUCUUUGUCUAGUUUUAUAAACUCUCUUUUGUCUUGGUCUCUUACCCCAAAUCCUCUUUAAAAUUUCCUUAAAAUUACAUUUACGUUUUUCAGAACUGUAAGCGUGAUAAUCCUAAGAGUAUAAUUUUGAGCCUUUUUAUGGUCAGAGAAAGGUUGGAAUAUGUGUGCAAUAUUAAAAUGAAACAUUAAAAAAUAAGUAUAUCUAUUUCUUUACUGCCUAUCAAUGACAGACUCUGUGAUCCCAAGGGUAAUAAAAUAUCCAGGAGUAUUAACAGUUAAAUCACCAAAUACAUUUGAAAGUUUUACAUGAAAUAUUUUGAGAUUUACUAGUAUACAUAUUCAGCAAUUAAAACUUUAGUAUGCAUAAGCAUAGAACUAAAUUAUAGGAACAAAAUAAGUAACUUCCAUAAAUCACAAGCCUUUAGGAAUAAUCUUUGAUAAGUAAAAUAUGCAGAUAUAUUCAUGUACCUCAUUAUUUUAAAUUUUCUAAUCUAUACUGCUGAGGGACUUUUUGAAUUUUGAAAAUCAGAUAGUUAAAGAAACAAUUUUCAUCCUAUUUUCUGGGUGGUCGAUUUGCAGUAUAUAGUUAUAAAGCAUAUCUGUAAAAAAAAUUAAAGACAAUGCACAAUCAAAAAGAGAGAUGAGGUAUGUAAAUUGUCCAAUUACAAAAGUGAUCAGAAAUUGCAAAGCUCUUAGCUUUAACAAGAAUCAAGAAUUACAGCACUUUUGCACUGUUAUCUUAUACCUGUUGAUAAGUUAAGUUAUGCAUGCCAUAAUCAAGAUGAUUUCUCUUAUUUCACUCUAUGCUGCUCUUCAAAAUCUACUCAGCUAUCAUGUGAAUAAAACAGACUCCCACUACAGUUUUAAGGCCUGUCUCAGACCAGGAGUAGAAAACAAAUCCAAACCCAAUACUUGAAAAGUAGUCUUUACAGAAAGUUUCCUGAAGAGGUAGUAAAGAAUAAAUUACAUUCUCUAUCUCUCAACCUCAAUUCCUUAAAAAUCCACUUUUAUUUGUUUCCUACCAAAUUUUUACUCUGUAAAGCAGUCAGUUAAAUCUCUUAUCUCAAAAUUUUCAUGAAUACUGGGUAUCUUUUUUCUAUUCCUUUAUUAAUUUUUCUAAACCUUCCUUUUUCAGCCCCCUGUGUUCUCCCUUUACUCUUCCAUGCCAUCUCUCUUUAUUCCUCAGCUCCUGCCACUUCACACCUCAGCCCUAUCAGCAAAAUUGAGGUUGUACAGCACAUCCGGUAAGAUCGUAUAUACCUCCAUAAAAGAUGCUGAGGAAGGAGGGAAGAAGGGAAUGUUGCAAAUGUCAUACUUUAACAUUUUGGGUCCUACCACAUAAAUGGGAUCACUUGCACUCACAGAACAUAUGAGUUCUAGCUUUCCAUUAAUUGGAAAUUAAAUGCUUUGGAAAGUAAUUU